AUGAAUGAGGAACCGCAUGCUCAUGAAACGUUGGUCGCCAAGGUUCGGCGACAUGGGAGUGAAGGUUCCAUAAGUGCAGCAUCGGUGAAUAUUGAUACACAACCUUUGGCACCGGCCACAACAGGUCUCCAGCAAAAUGCCAAUGGAACCAUACAAUGGGGCAUCUAUCUUUUGGAGCCCCUGAUACUGAUGCUGCUCUUUGGCUACAAUUUUUCAUCAACCGUUCUGAAAAACCAAAUCAUUUAUCAGACAUGUACAUCAUGGCUCGAUUACACAGACGCCGAAUGUAUGUUGCUCGGCACCAAAAAUGCUACAAAUGCCACAAAGCAAAUUGAGGCAGUUGUGCAGCCGUAUGCGGCACAAAUCUUCCUGAUCAUGAAAAUCGUGGAGUGCAUUGUGCCCGCGUUGUGUGGCCUCUUCGUUGGCGCCUGGGCAGAUCGCUAUGGACGAAAACCUCUGCUAAUGGCUUCAUUUCUGGGAUACUCCCUGCAGUACUUGAUGUCGGCUGGCAUUGCGCAACAGGCUAUGGAGCGGCAUGGCAUGGUCAGUCCUUGGUUCUAUGUCCUAACUGUGAUCCCUUUGGCCUGCUUGGGCAGCAGCAUAACAUACUCGGUAGCCGCCGUUUGCUUCAUAAGCGAUGUUUCCACAGGGAAAGCGCGCUCCUAUCGAAUGAUUGCCUAUGAGUUAUCUAUGUAUGUUGGUCUGAUGCUGGGUGCUUACAGCUCUGGCUACGUUUAUGAGGCCACAAAUGCGUACAUGGUUUUCGCAAUAUCGGCGUUAGUAAUACUCUGUGCUUUUUUCAUAAUCGUUUUCUUUCUGCCGGAAAGCCUGCCGGCCACUCAACGGCUAGAUUCUGAUGGGAGCACAGCGCCAGCAACAACAUCGACAUCGGGAUCGACAAACCCAACAUUUUGGAGCUGUAAUAAAUUGAUACAGUUGCUGAAGGAAUUCUGGCACACUUGUGUACGAACGCGCGAUUUCAAGGAUCGCUCCAUUAUAAUACUGUCGAUAUCGAUUUUGCUUUUGUCGGCUUUUGUGAAUGAUGGCAGCAACUCGGUGUUUUAUUUGUUCAUUCGUGAAAGAUUCCAUUGGACCGUGCGUCAGUUUACUUCCUAUGAGUCUGUCAGCAUCUUGGUACCAGCUGUGGCCGGAUCCGGUGGUAUAUUCAUCUUGUGGCUGCUGCGAAAGUGCACCAAUUCUUCUGUGUGGUGGCUGACAUUCAUUUCAUUAGUCAGCCAUGUGGCUAGCAGCUUGUGUAUUGCAUUUGCCUUUGUCGACUGGCAAAUAUACUUGGCCAUUGGUGCGGGCGCCUUGAAGUCUCUUUCCAAUCCCAUGUGCCGCACUGUAAUAACGAAUCUUCUUCCGGCUGAUGAGCGCGGCAAAGUGUUCUCCAUGCUGAGCGUGCUGCAGUCGCUUAUACCAUUUGCAUCGUCUACACUAUACAUCGUUAUCUAUAGCAUUACAUUGAUAAGUUAUCCAGGUUUUUUCAACUUCGUAAGUGCGAAUGUGUUUGGUCUGGCGAUUAUUUUAUUACUUAUUGUCUGGCGGCAAAAGUCAACGAAUCACUCACACUACGAGCCGGUUUUUAAAUGA